GCCAGUUCGUGCCUCAGUUCCAACAUGAACGCAUGAGUCCCGCUGCAGUACACCGCCCAAAAUGAGAAGGAAACACUAUCUACCCACCAUGGUGCACGCUAUAUCUGUCAUCACCGUUCUCAAAAUGAUGGCUAACGCUCAAACGACCUGCAACCAAGGUAUUGGAAGGAUCGUUUACGAGCGACUACCGGAUCAACAACUCCAGGGCUUCGAUGAUGAUGUGGUGAGAGAUACGUUGCCGCCAUUCAAGGUUUUAGAGAAAUGCCAGGAUUUGUGCCUACGAGAUCGGACUGCUACGAACAAUUUAGUCAGGACUUGCACAUCAUUUGACUUCCAAGCAGGAAAUCGUAUUACUUCGUUCAGUGGAUCAUCAGAGUAUGAAGAAUCAACGUGUUAUUUAACGAGAGAACAAGCUCAUCCAGAGGGUAUCGGGAACCUUGUCUUAGUACCGAAUAGUGUACACUUCACUGAAGUGUGCUUGAUGUCUAGCCGCAUCGAGAGGGAUUGUCCUAACCGUCAUUACGUCUUUGAAAGGCAUCCACGAAAAAAACUGAAGCUUCCAGCAAGUGACGUCAAAGAUGUGACAGCUUCUAAUCGAACAGAUUGUGAAGACAGAUGUUUAAACGAAUUUGCUUUCGUUUGUCGAUCUGCAACGUACGAUGCAUCUGCUAGGAGAUGUUCUCUCAGCAAGUUCACGUGGAGAGCUCGCCCUGAUCUUCUCGAAGAUGAUCCAAACUCUGAUUACCUGGAAAACACUUGCUUGGAUGCACAAAGACGGUGCGACGGUCUCACUGUUUUCAUCAAAGAAGAAAAUAAACGACUAGGUGGACCAUUCGAAAUAGACAUUUUUAGCAAUCUGACUGUUGAAGAAUGCCAAAGUCAGUGCGUAUGGUCUGAAAAGUUCUUUUGUCGCGCAAUUGAAUACAACGAACAGACUCAACUGUGCAUUCUUCUGGAAGAGGACUCCAUGUCUCAGAGAGAUGACCUGCAGACGAGCAACAGCCCAUCACACCACCUAUUUGACUUGGUGUGCCUGGAUACGUCUCGAGGAAGCGAGUUCCCCGACAACUCGGUGACGCAGCACCUGUUCGCGGACGGCAGGCGGCCGGACACGGCGUUUCAGCGGUACCGGAACAGCCGUCUGGGCGGCGACUUCCAGACGGAGAUCACGGGCCGCACGCUGAGCGAGUGCCUGGAUGACUGCCUGCGCCAGGCCAGCUUCCAGUGCCGCUCCGCCGUCUACAGCGACCGCUUCCGCAUCUGCCGCCUCAGCCGUUACAACCAGCGCGACGGGCUGCGCAUCAUAUACGACGCCGAUUACGACUACUACGAAAAUCUCAUGAAUCCUUAUAUUGGCGAUGCGCCAGGACCUAGCUACCGCCCUGAUCCCCUUGGCCAGGAUUCGAAUCACCACGGGCGGCCACCUUACAAUGCCUACCCUGGCGGACCUGGAUACUCUCCUCCACACGGAGGCUACGGAGGGUACGGUGGCUACGGCGGAGGCGGCGGUGGCGGAAGCGGCGGCGGUGGCUACCCGGGCCCAGGGGGGCACUACGGCGCCAGCGGCGGCGGCGGCGGCGGCGGCUACGGCAACUACCCCGGGCCUGCCGGGCCUCCGGGUCCGCCCCUGCCUCCCGUACCGCCGGUGCCGCCCUACGCCACAGCCGGGGACGCCGUCUACGGCGGCGGUCCGCCCCCGGGACGACCGCCCUUCACUGCGCCUCGCUGCGACGAGGGAGACAGCUUCAGACAAGUGGGCGUUCGUCUGCGCAUGAGACGACAGUUUAUACGGAGGUUUGUGUCAGCGCCGUCACUUCCGGUCUGUGAGCGAGAAUGUGCCGAAGCGAGAGAUUUCAUCUGUCGGGCGUUCAACUUCAGGGCAUAUGCUGCACCCUAUGGUGCAGAAAGAGAAAACUGUGAACUAAGUGAUCGUGAUACAAAAGAUUUUGAUAUCAAUAAUCCACUAUAUUUUGAGACAACAGGAGACUAUGACUUCUAUGAACGGUUUGGUGGAAGAAUUGCAGGAGACUGUCUUGAUGUCAGCCAGCAAUGUAGUGAAGAUGGAAUGGAAUUUACUCUUAGAACACCUGAGGGAUUCUUUGGCCGCAUCUAUACAUAUGGUUUCUAUGAUCGCUGUUUCUUCCGGGGGAAUGGAGGAACACUGAAUGUUUUGAGAAUAAGUGGUGCACAGGGCUACCCAGAAUGUGGAACACAAAGGUAUGGUGACACCAUGACAAACAUUGUAGUUGUACAAUUCAGUGAUUAUGUACAAACUGGACGAGAUAAAAGGUAUAAUCUAACUUGUUUGUUCCGUGGACCUGGAGAAGCUGUGGUUACAUCUGGAUACAUUGGAGCUGGGUCUGGAAGCCCAAUUCCAAUUGAAUAUUUGCCUGCUGAAAAUUCAUUGAGUUCAAGGGUGAGGUUGCUGAUUUUGUACCAAGGACGUCCAACAACAACAAUUGCUGUCGGUGAUCCUUUGACAUUUCGUCUCGAGGCACAAGAUGGUUACAAUUACGUUACUGAUAUUUUUGCUACAAAUGUGAUAGCAAGAGAUCCAUACUCUGGACGAUCUGUGCAACUUAUUGACAGAUAUGGGUGUCCAGUUGACAAUUAUGUUUUCCCAGGCCUUGAUAGAUCCAGAUCAGGUGAUGGGCUCGAGGCACGAUUUAAUGCUUUCAAAAUACCUGAAUCAAACUUUUUAGUGUUUGAAGCAACAGUUAGAACAUGUCGUGAUGGAUGUCAGCCAGCUUACUGCACUGGCCAUUCUGGCAGAAGUGAGCCAUCUUUUGGUAGACGGAAAAGGGAUGUAACAAAUGAAACAGGAGAAGUGGAAGAAAAUGAUCAAUACAAAAAUGGAACAGAAGAAGAGGAACAAGUUAGAGAGAUGAUUGAGGUAUUUGAAUCACGACAUGAUAUCCUUCAAGAGGAAACAGUUGAGCCACUGACUGCAAAUAUUUGUCUCACCAACCGGGAGUACUAUGGGCUAAUGUCUGCAGUCAUUAUCUUCAUGCUUGCUCUCAUUGCUGUGGCCAGCUUCUCUGCAGUAUGUUACAGGCGCUACUGGUCUGUCCAUAUGAAGAAUGUUGCAGCUGACAGUACACAUCCAGCUAAUAUUCCUACCAUAUCAAACAGACCAAAUUUCUCUUUUCUUGUUCCAAAUGCCAAGAAAGCUUUUGGAAAUGGGAAUACAGCAAAAAUAAUGGAUCCAGAAAUGCCAAAUAGAUGUGGUAGAGGAUUUGAUGACCCAAGUGAGCCUAUCUAUACAGAUCCAUCAUUGUUUGAAAGGUCUCGAAGUCUAAGAAGCAUUACAGCAUCACAGGCAGGACAUAAAAUGCAAGUAUAGGUAACGAAAGCCUUUGGGUAUGCAGAUUGCGUAUUAUGUAAGACAACAAAAAUGUUUCUCUCUGUUUGGUAUAAAAGGCACAAACUACUGACAUCUGUUUAUUGAACUCCUUUCCUUCAGUGAGUAACAUGGAAGAGAAUGUUUGUCUUGAGAUUUUUGUUUUCUUUUGAAGGUGUAAACAGAUUUAAUGUGUUCAUUUAUACAUUGAUGUUAACAUGUUUCAAUCUAUUCAUAAUAUUUUCUCAACAUUUUCUGAACUUUCAAUUUUUUUACUUCUAUACAUCUUCACUCAGCGAUCAGUCAUAGUUGCUACCACUUUGAUUUUGAAACAAAUAGUACAUACUAUUUUCCUAAAGCUUUUAGAGACUUUACUGUAACUAAACCGUUUUCUGCCAAUGUGUACUCCUGUGACAUUAAGACUUUCAUCCUACAUUUUAUUUUCAUUUUGUAAUAUUCUGAAAUCUCAAUGAUUAUUAACUCAUGAUAUAUAUAUAAGACUGUAAAUAACCCAAUGAAAGUUUGUUAUACAAGAACAUAAUGUAACAAUUAUCAGUUUCACACUAUGAGCUAAAUUUGUAAUUUUUU